AUGAAGGACAAGCUCAUCCGAGCCGGGUUUCUUAGACAGUCUCAUUCUGGCAUUUUCCACCUCCUCCCUCUUGGCCGACGCGUCCAGGACAAACUGGAGCAUGUUAUCGACUACUACAUGCAGGACCUGGGAGCCUCCAGAGUCGCUCUGUCAACCAUCACUUCCAAAGACUUAUGGCAAAAGAGUGGUCGUCUGUCACAGUUGGAGCCCGAGCUCUUUAGCUUUGAUGAUCGCAGAGGAGCGAAAUACAUGUUGUCGCCCACACACGAAGAGGAAAUCACUACGUUGGUGGCAAAGACUGUCAAGUCGUACAAGGAGCUACCUCUUCGCCUCUACCAGAUCACACGUAAAUUUCGCGAUGAACUACGCCCCCGGUAUGGGCUUCUGAGAACCCGCGAGUUCACAAUGAAGGACUUGUACACAUUCGAUGCUUCGGCGGAGGCGGCCUUGGAAACGUACAACAAGGUCCAGUCAGCUUAUGCUGGUGUCUUCAACGCCUUAAAGCUACCCGUGCUGGUAGCCAGAGCCAGUUCUGGAGAUAUGGGGGGCGACCUCAGCCAUGAGUACCACCUCCCCACCACAAUUGGUGAAGACACCGUGGUCACCUGCAGUAAAUGUGACUACACAGUGAACGCGGAGGUUGCAGAGACAAGAGCUGUCGAACAUGGACAGCAUUCGAAUGGCAAUACGGGGCCGGAAGGCCCUGCGACUCCUCCCGCAAAGGUUUGGCGAGGUAUUAGCAGAGACCGCUUGACGUUAGUGAAUGCGUGGUAUCCAGGGCAACUACAGCAGGGGACCAACCUGAGUGAGAUGGGGCCUUGCGAUGUCAGCAUUCCGGUCAUCAAGUCUGUCAUUCCUGACCUCGAUGCAAGCAUCGAUGAUGUUGUAUCUUUAUGGCGGAGUGCACUUGCAGUUUCGCUCACUAGCGAAAAGGCCCCUACCAGCCGACCACGAAUCAUCAACGUUGUAGAUUCCAGACUGCUAAACACCAUUGAGGGAGUGCUCCGAGAUGAGCAUAGGGUGUGGCCCUUGUCUGGAUCAGGGAUGGCAAAAGCGGAAGGACAGUCCACUACCAUUACGAAAAACAGGAAUGGCCAGCUACUCAACCUUCUCACCGUUCGUUCUGGCGACGGGUGCCCUAACUGUGAUGGUGGUGUCUUACGGGUGCAGGAGGCCCUGGAGGUGGGGCACACUUUCCAUCUAGGAACUCGAUACUCGGAACCACUUGGGGCAGUCAUCUCGGUCCCUGAGGAUAAUGGUCGAUCCGGCACAUCAGAGAAGACUACACUUAUGCAAAUGGGCUGCCAUGGAAUAGGCGUUUCACGUCUUAUUGGUGCCGUGGUCGAACAUCUGGCAGAUAGCAAAGGUCUACAGUGGCCUCGCGUCAUUGCUCCAUACGAAGCUGUGGUUAUUUCUGUGACGGACCUUGAUAAGGAGGCAGUCAAGGUUUAUGAUGAGAUUACGGCAUACUCCAAAGACUUCGAUGCGGUUGAUGCGGUGCUGGACGACCGGUCAGUGUCCCUGGCAUGGAAGCUGAAAGAUGCAGACCUUGUAGGAUACCCAGUUCUCAUCGUGCUGGGCAAGGUAUGGAAGAAGCAAACGGGCAUCUGCGAGGUCCAGUGCAGAAGACUGGGUAUUAAGGAAACGGUCCCACUAGCGAAUCUCCAUCGGCGGGUAUCUGAGUUGCUCAAGCAGCUCUAG